AUGGCCAGCCGCACCUGGUUAGCCUUAUUUCUAGUAGCCCUCCAUGCUUCUCCAUCUCUUGGUCAUGCUAUUCCUCACAUCCUGCGAGACAACAAGGCCGGCGGGUUAGAUGAUUUCUCGAGCAUCAAAAAGUUUGCAGCCAUUGGCGACUCGUACUCAGCUGGCAUUGGAGCUGGUGAAGUACUCAAAGGAGGAGCCGAAGACGUUAGUUGCAGUCGUUACGACCAGUCGUACCCUAGUAUUAUGAACCGGGAUGUCCGCAUGGGUGGCUCUGCCGCUCACGAGUUUACAUAUCUGUCGUGCUCAGGGGAUGAGUCGCCAGCAAUCUGGGAGCAAGCCAAGAAGCUUGAUAAGGAUUACGACCUAAUCACCAUUUCUGCUGGUGGGAAUGACCUAGGCUUUUCCGAUAUCGUCCAAAACUGCAUCUACCAGGUUUCAAUUAUCACAGAAACUCAUUGCUCUGACUCAUUGAAUCACGCACAAGAUGUACUACAGAGCCAGGAGUUUGAGAACAAUAUCCACAAGCUGCUCAAGGAAGCAGGAAAACACUUGUCAUCGAGUGGAUCCAUUUACUACACCGGCUAUGGAACAUUUUUCAACAAUGAAACCACAGCUUGCAAUAAUAUUACCUGGUCAGUGGCAAAUUUUGGCAAGCACCACCAAUAUCUUACGCAAGAGCUCCGAACCCAGAUGAACGAUCUAGUGCUUUCUCUUAAUGCAAAGUUAGAUAAACUGGUCACAGCAGCUGGAUACACGUUCGUUGACUAUGAAAAUGAUUCCCAGGGGCUGUUAGGCCGGUUCUGCGAUGAGGGUGUGAGUGAAUAUCACGCACUGAAUACUGAAACCGGACUCUGGAAACCACGCUGGUAUUCCAUGUGGUUCUCAAAUCCAUUUCCUCCACAGACUAUAUCUGACUCCGACGAGAACAAGGAUCGGUCACUUCUCCCAGACAUAAUCGCGCAAUGGUUUCAUCCCAGGCCUAUCACGAAUUACUUCAUUGCCAAUAAGAUCUUCAAUAAGAUGUCUCAGGCCAAGGCCAAGAAGCAAGGGACCAAAUACCCGCCCUUUGUCAACAGACCAAAGGAUUCGUGUGCAGCAUCCAAGUCGAAACAUAAGACCGGUGAUCCCCUGGGUGUUAGUACAGAAUCGCCCAAAUGCUUUUCAUAUAAGGAUAGCAACAGUCGAAGUGUGCUGCGCGAUGAUAUUCUCAAGGGGGUAGAGCAAUUUUGCAAGAAUGUGCCGAGUUUCAAUCUUCCCCCGGGGAAGGAUGUAUCGCAACAACUGCCGAGGUUAAACUCAGGGGGGACGUCGUCCAACUGGAUACGCUAUGAGGUUGAUGAAGCGGAAACGGAGGAGGAAAAUGUGAUCCGCCCAAUGUCUGAAGAAAUCUGCAAGAAAAACUUCUUGAAGACCAUUGACGGCUGUGGCAACAACGAGGCUGACACCGCUACAUAUGGUGGAAGUAUUAAAGUGGGGCCUGUUAAAUUGUCCUGGUACCCGUAUGGCACAGGAAAUAUUAGAAUGUGCCGAAGAGACCAUAUGGGAGCCAGUGACACUGCCCUACCGCGCAGCAAGUUUAAAGAAGCAAUAGACUCAUUCUGUGGGACUCCUUUCAGUGCAGCAGAUGUUAGAACGCUGAUGUAUGCUGCAACGGGUACGACGACUCCAAUCGGUGAUCAAUAUAUUCAAAUGAAGGUUCAGCCUGCUGAGAACCAGUCCGGAUGUACCCGCUUAAGCAGCCUUCUUCAUACCCCCUUUGGAAACGAAUGUAAAAAGAAGUUCAUGUCUGCGGUAGAUUCCUGCGAUACGGAUAGUAUGAAUGAGAAGCAUGGCGCUUGGGGCAUCGAAGACGAUGGUGAUGGCUGCUGGGAGUGGAUUAUCCGGUCUCAGAAAGACUAUGACUCGCCACAUUGGGAGGAUGACACUAUUGACCCUACCGGAUGGAAUACAUGGAAGGUGUAA